AUUCAUAAUUUUCUUUCAAUCGAGGAUAUGACUAACGUAAACCAUAAACGCCAACCAAAAACACCCUAGCGUACGGUCUUUGUUUUUCUUAAAUAAUGUCGCAGUGCAAAAAGUGUACGUUACUUAAUUUAUCGACGAUUAAAAACUCUGCAUCGUGUGUAGUGUGUACAAGUUAAUGGUGCUUAUGUCAACACGCUCCAUUCAUUUUUAUAGAACAUAAUAACAUCAUGGCUGACGAAUUUAAAGUUCGUCUAGAAGAAAGAUUGAAAAUAAAAAUUGGUGAAGCCAAGAAUUUACCAGCCAGACUUCAUGGUUCAGCUACACAGAGGGAUGUGUACUGUACCCUGUCCUUGGACCAAGAAGAGAUUUUUAGGACAGGUACAGUAACUCAAAGUUUAAGUCCUUUCUUCGGUGAAGAAUUCCAGUUCGAAGUCCCUCGAAAUUUUCGUUUCAUCUCGAUCUACGUGUUGGACCGGGAUCGCCAUCUGAAACAGGACAAGAUGCUGGGCAAGGUGGCGAUCCGGAGAGAGCAGCUGUCUUCCUAUAACAAUAAGGAUCAUUGGUUCCCUAUCAAAGCGGUCGACGCUGACUCCGAGGUGCAAGGGAAAGUGAACAUUGAAAUUAAGUUCGAUACGGAAGCGAACGUUUACAAAAGAAGGCUGCUAGUACAGGUGGUGCGUUGUUUAGAGUUAACCUUAAAGAACGGUUCAUGCGAUCCGUACGCGUUAGUUUGCGUGUCGUACACGAACGGAAAAAGUAUAUCGAAAAGAACUAAGGUCCGCAAAAAAACGACGAGUCCUCAGUUCGACGAAGUUUUUCCGUUUUCGAAUUUUGACGGGGGAAAAGACUCGAUGUGCGAGGGUGAUGCGGAAAUUUGUGAAUUACACGUAUCCAUGUGGCACGACACGCCGGGUAUCGGUGAUGAUGUGUUUUUGGGAGAGGUCAAGGUGCAGCUCAGGGGGAUGCAGCAGCAAAAUUCGGCGCAUCGGAAUGCUUGGUAUUACCUCCAACCACGAUCGACGAAAAAUCGACCGUUUUUGACCAACUCGACGCCCCCCGGAACUCGACUCUCCAGUGAUAAUUCCUUAGGUUCCUUGAGGCUUCAAAUACAGUAUACGGAGGACAGGGUGUUCCCAGCUUCGGUAUAUGAAGACCUGAAGAAUCUUCUCUUAGAAAGUACAAAUAUACAACCUAUUACAGCUACUCCAGUAUACGUCCUUGGUGAGAUUAUUAAUAAGAUGGAUAUAGCUCAGCCUCUGGUGCGAAUAUUUUUACAUUACGAUAAGAUUGUACCGAUGAUUAAAGCGCUAGCGAAUGUUGAGAUUUCUAAUGUUACGGAUCCUACGACGAUAUUUCGGGGGAACACCCUCGUUUCGAAAAUGAUGGACGAAGCGAUGCGUCUCAUCGGACUACAGUACCUGCACAAAACCCUACGACCAACCUUAGAACUUAUUUUUAACGAAAGGAAACCGUGCGAGAUCGAUCAAACUCGCGUCCGAGAUGCCACGACGGUUGCCACCAACUUAGCCAAUCUUAAGUGCUAUAUUCAAAAAAUCUUCGAAGCAAUAACGCAAAGUGCUGUGCACUGUCCAGCUCUAAUGUGCCAGAUAUUCUACAACCUGAAGGAGUGUGCCAUGAAACAUUUUCCGGAAAACAAAGGAGUGCGCUAUUCUGUCAUAUCCGGAUUCAUAUUCCUCAGGUUUUUCGCACCCGCUAUUUUAGGUCCAAAACUUUUUGAUUUGACUACCCAGACAGUAGACUGUCAGACGAACCGGACGCUUACGUUAAUAUCUAAGACCAUCCAGUCUCUGGGCAACUUGGUUAGUUGUAGAUCGACGCAGCAAGUGUGCAAAGAAGAGUACAUGGAGGGUCUGUAUAAGGAGUUCUAUACAGAGACGCACAUGACAGCUGUCCGGCAGUUUUUGGAGAUAAUAUCCGCCAAUACUUCUAGUCAACAGGUUAUCGAGAACGAUAUGCCAGUUAUGUUAAAAGAAGGGCUUAUGAUCAAGAGAGCACAAGGAAGAAAACGAUUUGGGAGGAAGAACUUCAAACAGCGAUACUUUAAGCUUACUACUCAUGAUCUCAGCUAUUCCAAAAGUAGAGGUAAAGAUGCUCUCUGUCGAAUACCUUUGACGAAUAUCCUGGCGGUGGAGAGGCUGGCCGAAACAUCGUUUAAGAUGAAAAAUAUGUUUCAAAUCGUUCAACCAGAAAGGGCGCUGUACGUUCAAGCGGCCAAUUGCGUGGAAGAGAAAGAAUGGGUCGACCUUCUUACCAAGAUCUGUCAAACGAACGCCAAUCGAUUGAAAAAGUAUCAUCCGUCGGCGUUUAUCAAUAGUCAGUGGUUGUGUUGUAAAUCUCCGAACGAAUUAGCACCCGGCUGUAGCGAGGUAUCUCGAACUGAUAGCAACUACCGCAUGAACCUGGAUCCCGAACGCGAUUUACAGCGGGUUCAUUCCUUGGUCAUCAACCAUUUGGAUACUCUCGAAACGUUAUGCAUUGACUUAUGUUCGAGCAAAGUGCAUGGAGAGGGAGUAACCGCCGAGGCUGCUAUUCUUUGUGACAUCUUGAACCGACUAAGGGAAGUUGCGUACCAGAUAGAGCAGAAACAUCGGAUCUACAAGAGGACGAUGGAUAGAAAUACAAAAUAUGGCAGCCUAGCAGCACCUAUCGGUGACGAUAACUACUUACUGGCGUCACGACUCAACGUCGAUGCCUCGAUUCUGAGAAGAUGCGUCUCCAGCGAACCUACCUCUUGUCCCUGACGCAUCUAACAUAGGAAUAACUCAUGCUAAAAGGAAAACAAGUUUUUCCAAUUCAGAAUCUAUGAAAGCAUUACUUCUCUGACACACCUAACGCUGAUUGUAUAUUGUAAAUAUUGAUUAUAAGUUAUUUUCAGCUUCAGGUAACAGAUACAGACAAAAUGACAGGAAAUUUAAAAAAGUAAGCUGUUCGAAUGUAAAGAACAGAUUGCUAGUCUUGCCAGAUUUAAAGAAGAAAUGUUGAAGUUCAGCCUCGUUAGAUACGAAAAUCAUAACGAAAAGAUUUAUCAUAUGUGCUUAUGGGCCUAAUAAUAUUGACCAGCACUAUAGAAAUGUUAAAAUUUGUCCUCCAAUGUGCGAAACUAAUAGAUUUGUAUGGUUCAAAAAUAACACAAACGUAAAGUGGUAAACAUAAACUUAAGAAUAUAUUUAAUUACCGUGUAAUAUGGAAACUACAACAUAUCAAACAAAAUAGAGUGCCUGAGUGCGCUGACUGAUUCUUUGUAAUAUUUUUUGUUUUUAUACAUUAUACAAAAAUUAUAUACAUAUUUUGUAACCAACCCUUCAAACUUCCAUACAAAUUCUAUUGAAGAAAGCACAACAAAUCUAUUGGAUUGUAGUAUAAUCCAUAUCUGAUUAUGAAACAGUGAUUCUUUCAUAGGUUCAGACGUGACCAGACGAAACGUAACCAUUAUGUAAUGAAGAUUCUCAAUUGAAGACUGUUCUUUAAGAUUAUUUUUAGUAAGAUAAGAAUAACGAAAGAAAACAAAGUAACACCAGUGUAUAGCGA